CAGAUUUUCCAGCCUAGGACUUAAACCAGGGUUUCACUCAUGGGAAACAUAGGCCCCAAUUUUCCCGGCGAAGAUCGGAAAAACCGAAACUCUCGGUGCUCUGCGUCGCCUUUCCGUUGUGCCUUGUUGAUCUCUCUGGAGCCCUGUUUCUCUUCAUCUCAUCCUCACUCGUUCAAAGGCUCCGUAGGUUCGAUAUCCAUUGAGUUUUCAUAAUCAAUUUAUUCGUUCAUGCUAGAUUUUGGUUCUGGAAUCUGGCUCCUCGAGGCACUGUUUUCUUUCGGGUGGAAUUAGUCCGUGGCUUGUGUUGCAGAUCUUUAAUCUGGUGUUGAGGUGGCAUUGCUAGGACAAGAUCGGUUCGUGGAAGCGCGGUUGUGGUCAUCUUUUGCGCUUCGAUACUGUAAUUAUCAACUUUUUCUUCAUCAGGCUUUUUUAUCUGAAGAAGAUCGAUUUGUAUCGGUUUUGUUGCAAUCUCAUCGGAAAGCGUCAAAAUUUUCAACGCUCGGUGGAGUUCCUGUGUUGUAAAGCUACGAGUUUCUCGUCGGAGGCUUCGAUUGGUAUUCAUCGUUUGGGGAAUUCUCUUGUAGAUCGGUACGAGGAGGAUUUGCCGUUUUUGAAAGCAUCAUAAAAUCAAAUUUGAAGAUUGGACCUCUUGGAGGUUGCUUCUGUUUCGAAGAGAUCCCCGUCGGUUCAUAGGGUCAUUGUUGAAUAACAGAAGUCGCUAAAGAGGGGGAAAAAGGAGAUAAUUACUUGUACUCAUUAUCAUUUGAUUUUUUUUAGUUUUUGAAGUUCAAUAUCAGGCCCUUUUUUGGGGGCUUUUUACGGCCUUUCAAAUUUUUCUGCCUGCUUCGGCAAUUGUUCUUUUCAAUUUCUCUUAGUUUAGAGCAGAGAGGAGAAAAAAGAAAAGGAAAAAUGGCUGUAUACCAUAAGUUUAAAAGUGCAAAAGAUUUCGACUCUAUUACCAUUGACGGUCAUUUCAUAUCAGUUGCGAAUUUGAAAGAAAAAAUAUUUGAAUCCAAGCACUUGGGCAAGUGUACGAACUUUGACCUCAUGGUCGCCAACGCCCAGGCUAAUGAAGAGUACCUUGAUGAACCCAUGCUGAUACCAAAAAAUACAUCUGUUUUAAUUCGUCGGGUUCCAGGACGGCCUUGCAUGCCCAUUGUUGCUGAACAAGACGAGUCUAGAGUAUUAGAGAACAAAGUAGAGGUUGCUCAACCUGUGAAGAGCAGUUACCCUGUGUCAGAUUCUCUUGUCACAAGAUUUCCCGAGGAGUCAGACUGGGAUGAAUUUGGUAGUGAUUUGUAUUCCAUUCCAGAAGUGUUGCCAGUUCAGUCCAGAAAUUCUGUCCAGGAUGCUCCUCCCCAAGAUAAAGCUGAUGAGGAUAGCAAGAUUAAGGCUUUAAUUGAUACUCCUGCCUUGGACUGGCAGCAGCAAACUCAAAAUGGCUUUGGCUCUGGUAGAGGUUUUGGAAGGGGUAUGGGAGGAAGAAUGAUGGGUGGCCGGGGUUUUGGCUGUGGUGGAUUGGAGCGAAAGACACCUCCAGUGGGUUAUAUCUGCCACAGAUGCAAGGUGCCUGGGCAUUUUAUUCAGCAUUGCCCUACGAACGGUGACCCUAAUUAUGACAUCAAAAGAAUGAAACCUCCAACUGGUAUUCCAAAAUCAAUGUUGAUGACAACCCCAGAUGGCUCAUAUGCCUUACCAAGUGGUGCUGUUGCUGUUUUGAAACCAAAUGAAGCUGCUUUUGAGAAGGAAAUUGAAGGUUUUCCUUCCACUCGAUCACUGAGUGAACUCCCUCCAGAAUUUUGUUGCCCAUUGUGCAUGGAAGUAAUGAAAGAUGCUGUUCUAACAAGCAAGUGCUGUUUUAAGAGUUUUUGCGACAAAUGUAUCAGGGAUCACAUUAUCUCGAAGUCGAUGUGUGUUUGUGGGGCAACAAAUAUACUUGCAGAUGAUCUUCUGCCUAAUAAGACACUGAGGGAUACCAUCAAUUGGAUUUUGGAGUCUAAUAACAGUAGUGUGGAAAAUGCAGGGAGCAUGUCACAGAUACAAGAUAUGGAAUCUGCUCGACCUAAAGUACCAUCACCUACUCUUUCUGCCACUUUAAAGGGUGACCAUGUACCACUACCAGCUAAGAAUGUUAAUCCGGAUUUGAAUGACACCAUGACGGAAAAGAAAGCCACUGUGAGUGCCCCACAGCCAUCUGUGGAGAAAGGUGGGAUCGCAAAAACCAUGGAUGUUUUUGAAUCUGCACGGGUGCCUGUAAGCGUGAAGGAAGCAACAUCACAAAGCGGUGCACCACUUCCUGAGGAAGAAGUGCAGCAGAAGUUGCAAGCUGGUGAUCCAGGGAAAAAGAAGAAGAAGAAGAAGGCUUAUUUGCCGUUAAAUGCUGCAGAUAUGCAGUGGAGAACCUCUCAGGAUUUUGCAGCUGAAAAUUAUAUCAUGCCUCUUGGUCCUUCGGCUUAUAACCCAUACUGGCCUGGCAUGCAACUUGGGAUGGAUGGAUAUGCCACUCCUUACUCUGGUGCUGUGCCCUAUAUGGGUUAUGCUGCCAGCCCCUUUGAUGUACCCUUCGGUGGAAUCGUACCUCAAGACCAUUUUGGUGGAGGCCAAGGAUUUAUGUUACCUGUUGUACCACCUCAAAGGGAUCUCUCGGAGUUGGCAAUGGGCGCUAACCCUGUACCGCCAGUCAUGGGUAGGGAGGAGUUUGAGGCUUGGCAGGCUGACCUGAGAAGAAAGCACGAAAUUGAGCGACGUAGUGAAAGCAGGGAAUUUUCAAAGGUACGAGGUGGUGGUAGGGACUUUAGCGGCAGUGGUGAUGUUCCUUCAAUGAAAUCUAAACCUAUGUCUCUAUCCCGUAUGGUGGGCCCGGAUCGGCCGCACCCCCGCUAUCUUCACCAACAAUCCGAAAGAGCGUUGAGCCCGUUACGGUUGGCACGCGAUUCUGAAUCAACCCAGUUCGGAAAGAAAAGACCGGAGCACCACCACCAGGACGACGAUUAUUACCACGAACACCGCCACCACCAACACCACCUCGAUAAAGCUCCAACGGCAUCAGCUGCGGAGGCACUCAAGGCUGCUGGCGUGGAGGACCGCAAGCAGAAGAAAAGCGUGUUCUGUCGUAUUAGCUUUCCCGACGGAGGUAGUAAGAAGAGGAAGCUGUCAUCUUCCACAGGAACCAGUAAGGAAGUCGUUGCCAACGGUGAUAAGGACUACGAGCCCUCUGCAUCUCUUCAUAUUAAGCCGUCUUCAAAUGGGUACCGUGACGAGUGGAAGCCUCCCGUGAAGGGUGCAGCGGUGUCGUCAUCGAGUGCUGGAGUAGUAGGACGGAAAAGUACAGUGGACCACGACUCUAGCGAUGACGAACGGCAUUUCAAGAGGAGGCCGUCCCGGUAUGAGCCGGAGCCGCCACCGCCACCGCCACCGCCACUGCCACCGCCACCGCCCGUGGAAUGGGAAGAUGAAGCCCGGCCUUCGCGAAGCUCAGUGGAGCGAGAGCGAGAUCGCGGGAGAAUCCAGGACCGCGAGUAUAAACGCGAACGGGGACGCAGCAGCAAGCACAGAUAAGAAUGGCGUCUACUGGUUGUCCACAUCUCUCUCUCUCUCUCUCUUCCACGGAUGCCCAGACGGUUGAAACUCUCGGGGAGGAGAGAUCGAGUCCUGCAAGGAACCUAAAUGAGAGAAGGAAUCAGCUCUGUAUAUGCUCUGCGAUCUGUUCUUGUAACAUACGGGUUGAUUUUGUUCAAUAAAUUCCCAUAAAUUAAAAGAUUUUUUCUGCUACUUUAAUUACUUGUUUUGUUUUAAGAUUUGAAGCUA